GCGGCCCCUCGUAGCCCCGGCCCCGCCGCCCAGGCCCCGCCCAGGCCCCGCCCCCCGGCCCGCAGCGCGCCGCGCCUCGGGCACCGCCGCAGCGCCGGGACCCAUGGGCCGGUGUGGCCCGGGCAGGGGGGGCGGCCACCCCUGACCCCGGCGCCGUCCAUGGCCUGGCCCCCCCGCGGGGGCGAGCGACCAGCCAGGGGGGGCCCCCCGGCAUGACCCCCCCCCGGCCCCGUCACCGUCACCGUUGAGCAGGCCGCCGGCGCCAUGGGGGACCUGGCCAACAGCGCGGGGGAGCCCGGCCCCGGGGGGGGCUUCGGCUGCAGCCUGGCGGAGCUGCGGGCGCUGAUGGAGCUGCGCGGCGCCGAGGCCCUGCUCAAGGUGCAGGAGGCCUACGGGGACGUCCACGGGCUCUGCCGCCGCCUCCGCACCUCGCCCACGGACGGGCUGUCGGAGGGGGCGGCGGAGCUGGAGCGGCGGCGCCAGGUCUUUGGGCAGAACUGGAUCCCCCCGAAGCGCCCCAAGACCUUCGUGGAGCUGGUGUGGGAGGCGCUGCAGGACGUCACCCUCAUCAUCCUCGAGGUGGCCGCCGUCGUCUCCCUGGGGCUCUCCUUCUACGCCCCCCCCAGCGGGGACACCGAAGUCUGCGGCCAUGCCUCGGGGGGCGCGGAGGACGAGGGGGAGGCGGAGGCGGGCUGGAUCGAGGGGGCGGCCAUCCUGCUGUCGGUGGCCUGCGUCGUCCUCGUCACCGCCUUCAACGACUGGAGCAAGGAGCGCCAGUUCCGGGGGCUGCAGAGCCGCAUCGAGCAGGAGCAACGCUUCACCGUCGUGCGCCACGGCCGCCAGGCGCAGGUCCCCGUCGCCGAGCUGGUGGUGGGCGACGUCGCCCAGGUCAAGUACGGCGACCUGCUGCCGGCCGACGGCGUCCUCAUCCAAGGCAACGACCUCAAGAUCGACGAGAGCGCGCUGACGGGGGAGUCCGACCACGUCCGCAAGUCGGCCGACAAGGACCCCAUGCUGCUCUCGGGCACCCACGUCAUGGAGGGCUCGGGGAAGAUGGUGGUGACGGCCGUGGGGGUCAACUCGCAGACCGGCAUCAUCUUCACCUUGCUGGGCGCCGGCGGCGAGGAGGAGGAGGAGAAGAAGGAGAAGAAAGGGAAGCCCCAGGACGGCGCGGUGGAGAACCUGCAGAGCAAAGCCAAGAAGCAGGACGGGGCGGUGGCGAUGGAGAUGCAGCCGCUGAAGAGCGCGGAGGGGGGGGACGUGGAGGAACGGGAGCGGAAGCGGAGCAGCGGCCCCAAGAAGGAGAAGUCGGUGCUGCAGGGCAAGCUCACCAAGCUGGCCGUGCAGAUCGGCAAGGCAGGGCUGGUGAUGUCGGCGGUGACGGUGAUCAUCCUGGUGCUCUACUUCGUCAUCGAGACCUUCGUGGUGGAGGGCCGGCCCUGGCUGGCCGAGUGCACCCCCGUCUACGUCCAGUACUGGGUCAAGUUCUUCAUCAUCGGCGUCACCGUCCUGGUGGUGGCCGUCCCCGAGGGGCUGCCGCUGGCCGUCACCAUCUCCCUCGCCUACUCGGUCAAGAAAAUGAUGCGGGACAACAACCUGGUGCGUCACCUGGACGCCUGCGAGACGAUGGGCAACGCCACGGCCAUCUGCUCCGACAAGACGGGGACGCUGACCACCAACCGCAUGACGGUGGUGCAGGCUUUCCUGGGGGACACCCACUUCCGCGCCCCCCCAGACCCCGCCGGCAUCGCCCCCCGCACCCUCGACCUCCUGGUCCAGGCCAUCGCCAUCAACAGCGCCUACACCACCAAAAUCCUGCCCCCCGAAACGGCAGGGGGGCUGCCGCGUCAGGUGGGGAACAAGACGGAGUGCGCGCUGCUGGGGCUGGUGCUGGCGCUGCGCAGGGACUACGAGGCCGUGCGGGCGCAGGUCCCCGAGGAGCGGCUCCACAAGGUCUACACCUUCAACUCCGUCCGCAAGUCCAUGAGCACCGUCACGCGCCUGCCCGCCGGCGGCUUCCGCCUCUACAGCAAGGGCGCUUCCGAAAUCCUCCUGCGCAGGUGCUGCGCCAUCCUGGGGGGCGGCGGGGAGGCGCGCGCCUUCGGUCCGCGGGACCGGGAGGACGUGGUGCGGAAGGUGGUGGAGCCGAUGGCGGCGGCCGGGCUGCGCACCCUGGUCCUGGCUUUCCGCGAUUUUCCCCCGGCCCCCGAGCCCCCCUGGGACGACGAGGCCGCCAUCGUGGGAGAGCUCACCUGCAUCGCCGUCGUCGGCAUCGAGGACCCCGUGCGCCCCGAGGUUCCCGACGCGAUCCGGAAAUGCCAGCGCGCCGGGAUCACGGUGCGGAUGGUGACGGGGGACAACCUGAACACGGCGCGGGCCAUCGCGGCAAAGUGCGGCAUCCUGCCCGCCGGCGAGGACUGGCUCUGCCUGGAGGGGAAGGAGUUCAACCGCCGCAUCCGCAACGAGAAGGGGGAGAUCGAGCAGGAGCGCCUCGAUAAGGUGUGGCCCAAGCUGCGGGUCCUGGCGCGGUCGUCGCCCACCGACAAGCACACCCUGGUCAAAGGGAUCAUCGACAGCACCAUCGGGGACCAGCGGCAGGUGGUGGCCGUCACGGGGGACGGCACCAACGACGGCCCCGCGCUCAAGAAGGCCGACGUGGGCUUCGCCAUGGGCAUCGCGGGGACGGACGUGGCCAAGGAGGCGUCCGACAUCAUCCUGACGGACGACAACUUCUCCAGCAUCGUCAAGGCGGUGAUGUGGGGCCGCAACGUCUACGACAGCAUCUCCAAAUUCCUCCAGUUCCAGCUGACCGUCAACGUGGUGGCCGUGGUGGUGGCCUUCACCGGGGCCUGCAUCACCCAGGACUCCCCGCUGAAGGCGGUGCAGAUGCUGUGGGUCAACCUCAUCAUGGACACCUUCGCCUCGCUGGCGCUGGCCACCGAGCCGCCCACCGAAGCGCUGCUGCUGCGCAAGCCCUACGGCCGCAACAAGCCCCUCAUCUCCCGCACCAUGCUGAAGAACAUCCUGGGGCACGCCGCCUACCAGCUCGUCAUCAUCUUCACCCUCCUCUUCGUCGCUCUUCAACGAGAUCAACGCGCGCAAGAUCCACGGCGAGAGGAACGUCUUCGACGGCAUCUUCGCCAACCCCAUCUUCUGCUCCAUCGUCCUGGGCACCUUCGCCAUCCAGAUCGUCAUCGUGCAGUUUGGGGGGAAGCCCUUCAGCUGCUCCCCGCUCAGCGCCGAGCAGUGGCUGUGGUGCCUCUUCGUGGGCGUCGGCGAGCUCGUCUGGGGGCAGGUGAUGGUGUGGGUGCCGGGGGGGCGGCUGCGGUGCCCCGGGGGGGGUCGGGGCCGUCGCCAGGCAGCGUCGUCGGCGCAGGAGGAGGAGGAGGAGGAGGAGGAAGAGGAGGUGGACGCGGCCGAGCGGGAGCUGCGCCGGGGGCAGGUGCUCUGGGUGCGCGGCCUCAACCGCAUCCAGACGCAGAUGGCCGUAGUCGGCACCUUCCGGAGAAGCGGCUCCUUUCAGGGGGGCGCCCGGCGCCGCUCGUCCGUCCUCAGCCACCUGCAGGAGGGGGGCAGCGCCGCCCCCGGGACCCCCGCCCAUGCGGGUGGUGCGAGCCUUCCGUAGCUCCCUGGGGGGGCCCCCCCCGCGCCCCGAGGCCCGGCCCGGCCCCCCCUUCGGGCCCCCCCCCGAGCUGCUCUUCGGGGACACGCGGGACAUCCCCCUCAUCGACGACACCGACGCCGAGAGCGAGGCCCCCCCCAACCGCAACAACAACCACCCCCCCCCCCCGGGGAGCCCCCCCCGGCCGCCUCCACAGCCUGGAGACCUCGCUCUAGCUGGGGGGGGGGGGGGGGCUCCCCCAAACCUCCCCCCCCCCCAACCCGGGACCCCCCCGCUCUGCACGGACGGACCGGCGGGGGGGCCCUGCCAAAAAGCCAUGUUUAUCCGCGGGGGGGUCGGGGCGGUUUAAUUUAUUGG